AUGAUAUCAACUCUUCCCAAACGAAUGCCUCAUCAUCCUCUUUAUGAUUUCUAUCAAUAUGAAGGCUUUUGGUACUAUUCAGGCUAUUUAGAAGCAGCUUUAUGUAUGCAACAAAGCUUCAAUCCUCAACCCUCUGAUAUUUUCCUAUGUAGUGCUCCAAAAACAGGUACUACUUGGCUUAAAGCCUUAACUUUUUCCAUUAUCACUAGACAUGAUGAUGAUUUUGCAAAUAACCCUUUACUCACUAAGGUACCCCAUGAUUGCAUACCCUUUUUGGAAGUUGAUUUUCUCUCCAAUCCAAAAAUUUUAGAUACAGUAGGGUUGUCAUUAUUAGCCACACAUCUUCCUUACACCAUCUUACCCAAAUCUGUAUCACAUAAUUGCAAGAUCAUUUACAUAUCUAGAGAACCUAAAGAUACAUUUGUUUCUUGGUGGCAUUUUAUACAAAAGAUCGAAGCGAAAAUUACUAAAACACCCCUAGUCACACUCGAUGAAGAAUCCAUGUUCAAUAUGUUUUGCCAAGGAAAAUCUGGAUAUGGGCCUUAUUGGGAUCACGUGUUGGGAUAUUGGAAAGCAAGUGUUGAGAGACCUGACAGAGUAUUCUUCCUCAACUAUGAAGAUUUGAAGGAGGACACAUUGGGUUAUGUGAAAAAGUUGGCCGAAUUCAUGGACAAACCCUUCUCUAAGGAGGAACAAGAUCUAGGUGUGCCUCAAGAAAUUGUGGCACGUUGUGACUUUGAAAGUUUGAGUAAUUUAGAGGUGAAUAAGAGUGGGAUGCAUCGACCAGAAACUACUCAAGAAAUUAGUAAUACUGUAUUUUUCCGUAAAGGAGAAAUUGGUGAUUGGAAAAAUUAUUUGACAAAGGAUAUGGCAAAAUUAAUUGAUGACAUAACCUAUGACAAAUUUCAAUCUUCGGGCUUGACAUUCACUUCUUCGGCAUGCAACUAA